GAGUCUCUCCGAGCAUUCUUUUAAGAAUGGCUUUAGAUCUCAGAAUCUCAUUUCAAGGUGAACCAUCCAGGAACGAUCCUGGGUCACAAAAUCUAGAGCUUAAACCCAACCAAGGAUGUGCUGUCCAGGAGGGAGAGGGGAUCUCUGCAUUCCCGAGCAUGCAGCACAGCUUAUUUCAAAAUGGCAAGAACUCAUGUGUAAGGCAGGAACUGCAAAGACUCUAUAAGUUAUUUCACUCAUGGCUACAGCCAGAAAAACACAGUAAGGAUGAAAUGAUUUCUCGUUUGGUCCUGGAGCAGUUUAUGAUCAAUGGCUACUGCAGUGACAGGUCCAUGUUGAAAGAGAAGUGGGAAUCAAGUGGCAGAAACCUGGAGAAAUUCAUGGAAGACCUGAGUGAUGAUUGCAUGAAGCCACCUGGCUUAGUCCACGUCUGCAUGCAGGGACAGGAAGCCCUCUUUUCUGAGAAUAUGCCCUUAAGAGAAGUCAUUGUUCACUUCACAAAACAGUUGUCAACAGGAACCCCAAUAGGAGAGAACAUGGGGACCCCCUUCUGGACUCCCCAAGAUACUUUCCUGGAAACAGAACAAGGAGAUGAAGAUAAAGAAAAUGGUGGCAACAUUUCUUUGAAAAUUUGUCAAGUAAAUGACAGUAUUUCUGUCAAUCGUAAUCGAACACCUUCCCUGCUCAUUAUCCAGGAGGAGAACUGUCCUGGGCCUGAAGAGGGAGCUGUUUCCUUGGAGAAUCCACUCAGCUCCAGAAGAGCAGGUCUAGGCACCUCCAGGUCCCAGGAAGGGUCCCUGAAAGGACCCCCUUAUCGAGAUGUCCUUAUGGAGGUGGGACCAGGAUAUCUCUCCAGGCCAGACCAGGUUACCCCUGAGCAUGUUCCCACCCUCCAGAGCAUUGAAGGAAACUCAGCAUGUGGGGGACACCAAGAAAGAUGCCACAGAGCCCCCAAAUCAUACAAAUGUGAGAAGUGUCCCAGGGUCUUUAGGUAUGUCUCUCGGUUAAAAGCCCAUCAAAGAAGACACGAUAAUGAGAGGACAUUUAUUUGUGCCCAGUGUGACAAAGGCUUCUUCCAGGCAUCAGACCUACGUGUGCAUCAGAGGAUUCACACAGGAGAGAAGCCUUUCAGGUGCAGCACGUGUGAAAUGUCCUUCAGCCACAAAACCAACCUUCGGGCUCAUGAGAGGAUCCACACGGGAGAGAAGCCCUAUGCAUGUUCCCUUUGCCAGAGAAGGUACCGCCAGUCAUCCACCUACCACCGCCACCUGAGGAAUCACCAGAAAAUUCCCCUCAAAAGUGUUCCCUCCACACCAGAAGCUUCCUUGGGUAUGGUCGCGAUGGAAUAUGUAUAA